AUGGGUGAAAAGAUCACCGAAGAUCAAGUCGCCAACCUGCUGGCAAUACUGCGAACUGAUGGGUCCGUAGAUGCGAAGGUCAACCAAAUUAACAACAUCAAAUCUAGUAUCAAACAGCAUAAUGUUCCCGAACCAUGCAUCCUUUCGCUAUUCGAAGCCUUGCGCAUUGCGUUGUCGUCGCAGCACGCUGCUCUGGUCAACGCUGGAUUCUCUACCCUCAAUCAUCUCCUCACCAGGUUAUCACGUCAGGAACCAAAAUAUAUCACGAAAGAGGCUGCACGGACUUUGCCCAUGAUAAAUGAUAAGAUGGGUGAUCAGAGGGAGAAAUAUAGACAGCUUGCUGCGCAAUGUCUUACAACCUUCUGGAAGAAUGCGCCGAUGGAUGUAGAAAGAAUUGUGAAGAACGCAGGACUGGUCGGAAAAAACUCAAGAAUGAAAGAGACUUCAAUGAAUUGGAUUGUACAGAUGCACCAAGAGCAUGGCAUGCCAUUCAAAAGUUUUGUAACUACAUUAAUGGAAUUACUGGAAGAUGCCGAUGGCAUGGUAAGAGAUACUGCGAGAAAUACUGUCAUCACUUUAUUUCACAGAAAUGCUCCAAAUGGGGCCAAAUCAGAUCUCAAAAAGCAAUUGAAGAAUUUCAAUGUUCGCCCAGCGAUCGUAUCAGCUAUCACAAGUCAACUUAUACAAGCAGGACCCCCCGUGGUUGUGGAGCAGGAAAGACCUGAAGCCCCUAUGCGAAACCCCUUAGCUACCAGCGCAUCUGCCAUGAACAUCUCCAGACCAGCAACACCAGAAGUCAGGGUGGAGCAAGUGGAACCUGCAUAUGUGAAUACACAGAGAGAACUAGAGGAAACCUUUCAGGAAAUGCAGCAAUGGUUUCAGGACAAGGAGUCUGAAGCUAAUUGGUUAAAGAGAGAACAAAGUUGUACAAAAUUACGGAGACUGAACGCCGGAAAUGCCCCAAGCGACUAUCACGAUGCUUUCCUUGCUGGUAUCAAGAGCCUCCUUGAUGGUAUUUUAAAAGCUGUUAACUCACUGAGAACAAGUCUCUCCAAAGAAGGGUGCAGUCUCGUCCAAGAGGUUGCUAGAACUGCUGGACCUGGACUGGAUCCUAUGGUCGAAAUUCUGUUACAAAACCUCAUCAAGCUAUGUGGUGGUACCAAGAAGAUCAGUUCGCAGAAUGGAAAUGCCACUGUUGAUAUUAUUAUUAGUGGUGUCACCUAUAAUCAUCGAAUUAUGCAGCAUAUUUGGCUUGCAUGCCAAGAUAAAAAUGUUCAGCCCAGAACAUAUGCCACAGGCUGGCUCAAAACCUUGCUAAAGAAGGAGGCGCAACACAAGAGUCACGUUGAACACAGCGGAGGCUUGGAACUAAUAGAAAAAUGUCUAAAGAAAGGUUUAGCCGACGCAAAUCCUGGUGUUCGUGAGAAUAUGAGAUCAACCUAUUGGACUUUUGCUCAGAUCUGGCCAGCAAGAGCUGAAAUAAUCAUCGAGGACCUAGAACCCACUCAGAAGAGAUUAUUAGAAAAUUCUGCAGACAAUCCUAAUGCUCCAAAGAAGGCAGCGGCAGUCAGCACCAGGCCAGGCCUUGGUUUCUCUAAGAGCAGUACGGGACCUCCUAGACCUUCUUUGAGGGAGACCAUGCUGGCCCAGAAAAAGGCACAAAUGGCCAACAAGAAUAUUCCUUCUCGUCCUGGUUCUGCAAUGUCAACGUUUUCUCCGACGAGGACCGUGCCAACUAAAUCAUCUUCAGAAGCAGCUCCCACACGACCAUAUCUAGAAGCUAAUGCAUCUCGGGGUGGUCUUUCUGUCGCACCCAUGCGACCAAGUAAAUCCAAGAGACCAGAACUCGCUCCUAGGCCUGCAACUGCUGGCCCAUAUUCUGUAAGAAGAACUAACCAAGCUUCCAGCGAAGCAAAUGCCAGUCCUUCGUCAUCUACAACCGCAAGACCACCAAGAUCCAAAACUCCCGUUGCUACCAGUUCUCCCCAAGCUAGAAGGGCUCCGGUACCCAGACCUAACACAAGCCAUACUAGUCAUCCAACACAAUCUAGUCAGCCAACUCAAUCCACAUAUACAAGCCCUGCAAAAACUGUACCUGGAAAGGUUACAACGGCCUCUCCAAGGCUUGCUGCUUCUCCGCAUAUUAGUAGCCCUGUUAGGACAAGAACUAAAUCAGUACCUGGGGCACCUCUAUCUAGUCCCACACGAGCAGAUGAAGAUUUUACUAUGGUUGUUCCCACCAUUACAGGAUUAGAGCGGAUCCAAUCUGAGAAAAGUCACCAGGUCUUUGACUCAUCUAACAGAGAAGAAAUCAAAGCUCCUGUCAAUCAGCCAAUGAAAGUUUAUGAGGAUCCAUUCUCGAGCACAGAUGACACAACUACUCCUAGACCCACAGUUACUGCAUCCGUUCUAGAAGAAGUACCUGUCAAUGAAGAUGCUAUGAAUCUGUCAAGGAAUAGUAUAGGCGAACUCGAUGGCGAAGGAAUUAAGAAUCCACCAAUGUCUCCUGACAAGCUUAAGCAGACCACAAAGCUACUCGACAGUGGCAUCGCCAAAAUCAGAGGCAAAACUCUAGAUGUCCACGGUUUCCGCAAACUUCAAACAAUGAUCAAAGAUAACAAAGCCGUAUGGGGAGAUGGCAGGUUCCCUGCUCUUGUGAUGGGUCUCUUCGAAUAUCUCGAAGAACCAUUAACAAACCUCUCACCUGCGAAAGUGCAGGACGUCAAAGCACAAAUACUAGCGACAAUCAAAGUCUUGUACAAGAAUUACCGAGAAUAUUUCCGACCACAUAUCGCAAAAGGCUUCCAUUCUAUCCUCGUCACCCGCUCUUGCUAUGAUGCACGCACUCACAUUGUCAGUGGCCUCGAACUUCUCGCUGACGAGCUUGUUACACUCGCCAACCCCAAAGACACCAUCAGUACUAUUCUAAGAUCUCUCUCUGACGAGGAAAUGUCAUUAGAAGGAUGCCGAAAAUUAAGUAUGGGAUUACACAUACUCAAGCAGACACUAGAUGUCAAAUCGGAGGUUGAAUUGGACGAUGCGGAGAUCGAUAGUAUCUUGGCGUUAGCAGCAAAGUGUCUUGAGAGCAAGGAAAGCGGAGUGAGAUUGGAUGCUGUGGUACUCUGUGUGAGUACCCAUGCACGAAUCGGAGAGGCUAGAUUUUGGAGUGGAAUUGGUGGAAGAGUGAGUGGGGAUCCUAAGAGUUUGAUUACAUAUUAUAUUGUCAAGAGGCAAAGGGAAUUGGAGAUGGGAAAUUGA